CUGAAGCCAAACGCUGUUUAGUAGGGGUUUGGUCAUGUCUGGACUGCAGGGUGUUGGACUGCUGCUGCUGCUGUGGGGGAGCGCCUGCCUCCUGCUGCCCGGCCUGGCCCAGGGGGCUCUGGUCAUCUCCGGGGGUCAUGAAGCUCUGCAGGAAACAAGAGGAGCUGCUAUAUCCCUGCAGAAAAGAAGUACAAAAGUAGCCACGGUGGAGGUGUACAGCGUCAAGGUGGAUUGCACGGUGACUUCUCGUUUCGCUCACACCGUCACCACCUCCAAGGCGCUGAACAAGGCCAACUUCUCCCAGGAGAUCUUCUUCGAGGUGGAGCUGCCCAAGACGGCCUUCAUCGUCAACUUCAGCAUGGAAAUUGAUGGUGAGGUGUAUGUUGGGGAGGUGAAGGAGAAAGAGAAAGCCAAGAAACAGUAUGAACAGGCUGUUUCCUCUGGACAGACCGCUGGCCUGGUCAAAGCUUCUGGAAGGAAGAUGGAGAAGUUUUCGGUGUCUGUGAACGUCGCGGCUGAAAGUAACGUGACUUUCAUUCUGACCUACGAGGAGCUCCUGCAGAGGAAGCUAGGCCAGUAUGAGAUACUGACUCGACUCAAACCCAAACAACCGGUGCACGAGUUUCAGAUUGUGACGAACAUCUAUGAGCCUCAGGGCCUUUCCUUUGUGGAUGCCCAUGCAACAUUCCUCUCAAAUGAGCUGCUCCCCCUGGUGGAGAAAACCGUCACAGACAACAAGGCACACAUCUCUUUCUCGCCGACGAUGGAGCAGCAGAGGGAGUGUCCUGGCUGUGAGGGAACGCUCAUUGAUGGAGAUUUUGUCAUCAAGUAUGACGUGAAGCGAGCAAAGAGUUUCGGGGACGUUCAGAUUGUGAACGGAUACUUCGUGCACUUCUUUGCUCCGCCUGACCUGCCCAGAGUCCCAAAGAAUGUGGUGUUUGUGAUUGACAGGAGCGGAUCAAUGUGGGGAAUGAAGAUUAAACAGACACGGGAGGCAUUGCUGGCCAUCCUCGAAGACCUCGACGAAGAGGACCACUUUGCCCUCAUCCAGUUUAAUGAUCAAAUCCAACCUUGGAGGGAAUCACUCACCAAAGCAACUAAGGAAAAUGUGGCUGAAGGCAUGGCUUACGUCAGAAACAUAAAGGACCAAGGAGGAACUAACAUCAAUGGCGGUGUUUUGAGAGGCGUCGAAAUGCUGUUCAAAGACAGGCAGGAGAAGAAGCUUCCAGAGAGGAGCGUGGAUAUGAUUAUUUUACUGACAGAUGGAAUGCCAAACGCGGGAGAGACUCAUCUGCCGACCAUUCAGACCAAUGUUCAUUCUGCCAUCGGAGGAAACAUGUCUAUGUUCUGUCUUGGAUUUGGAAAGGAUGUGGAUUACUCCUUUCUGGAUGUGAUGAGCAAACAAAACAACGGAGUCGCCCGGCGAAUUUUCGAGGGCUCAGAUGCGGCCGUUCAACUUCAGGGUUUCUAUCAGGAGGUGGCCAGUCCUCUCCUUUCAGAGGUGGAUCUGCGUUACACGGACAACGCUGUGGACUCGCUGACCACCAACCACUACACCCAGUUAUACAACGGCUCAGAGAUCGUGGUGGCCGGUCGUCUGACGGACAACGAUCUGGACAACUUCAUGGUGGAAGUGUUUGGCCAAGGGUUUGAGGAGGACUUCAAGGUGCAGGGCCAGGCCAGUGCUGUGGACUGGGACGUGAUGUACCCGAACGAGGAGUACAUCUUUGGGGAUUUCACAGAGCGUCUGUGGGCCUACCUCACCAUCCAGCAACUGCUGGAGCAGAGCAAGACAGGUUCCCCAGACGACAAAGCAAACGCCACAGCCAAGGCGCUGCAGAUGUCUCUGGAGUACAGCUUCGUCACCACUCUCACCUCCAUGGUGGUCACCAAGCCCGAAACCGAGGACGGACCAGGCAGCCCCCUCGUUGCUGAUAAACUGACUGAAGACCAAAGACAACAGUCAGAACGAAUGUCACAUAGAUACGCCCCCCCUUCGUUUGCUGCUUACCCGGCAUCACACACAUAUUUAGUGGAUGGAGAUCCUCAUUUCCUGAUAGAGCUUCCUGACAGACACGACGCGCUGUGUUUCAACAUCGACGAUGAACCGGGAACUAUUUUCAACCUGGUCAGAGACCCGACACAAGGUAUUUUGGUCAAUGGCCAAACCAUCGGAGACAAGAAGAUUGCUCCCGGUGGUAAAAUCAACACCUACUUUGGCCGCUUUGGCGUUGCUCACCAGACUCUGGGUGUGAGGCUGGAGGUGAGCACCAAGGACAUCACAGUGCUCCAGGAUGGCACACAGGUCAAAUUGUUGUGGUCUGAUUCAGCUUCUGUCAAAGGACCCAAAAUGGAUCUUUUCUUGACCAAGGAUCGCAGCCUGACAGUCAGCCUAAAGGAUUCUGUCAAGUUUGUCAUCCUGCUACACAAGGUUUGGGCGAAGCACCCGUACCACCAGGACUACUUGGGUUUCUACACCCUGGACAGCCACCUCCUGUCCCCCUCUGUUCAUGGCCUACUAGGUCAGUUCUACCACGGGAUUGAAUACGAAGUGUCCGACCUGCGUCCAGGUGAAGUUACAGAGAAGCCAGAUGCCACCAUGUACGUGAAAGGACAGGAGCUCAAUGUGACCAGAGGCUGGCAGAGAGACUUCAGGAGGGAUGUGAAGAACGGAGAGAAUGUUCCCUGCUGGUUUGUUCACAGCAACGGAACGGGCCUCAUCGACGGAGAUGCAACAGACUACGUUGUGUCAGGCCUCUUUAAACGAGUGUGAAAAAAAAACAGGUUGAGCAUCCAUGUCCAACGCAUUAACUUCAAUUCAUAAAUGACAUAUUCAAAUCGGCCUGUAUGAAGGCUCUGGCUUCAUCACGGGACUCUAUGAACGAUUGUCCUGUUUCAAUCAGUUGGAAGCAUCAUAAAUGGUAACAAAACAGUGAGAGAAACUGAGAAUGAGCAUAAUUACUCGUACUGUAAUAAAUGAGAUGAAAUGGACCAUGAAUGGAGAUAGACAAAUGUUUGUCAUUUUGCAAGAUAUGUAACAACUUUUU